AUCCAUCGUUCGUUUAGUAACACUUGGGCUUUCGUUUUUCCGUUGGGUCAGAAGCCAUGGCGAAGCGAUCGUACAAGACGGAGUUGGGGUGCAUAGCGUGCGAUGAACUGGGCGAGCUCGGAGCGGGAAAACCUAACUGGCUGGUCGAAACCCCUCACCUCCUCUGCGCCAUCGAUACCCAUUCCCUCCUCCUCGCCAACCGCUCCACCAUCCUCCUCCUCUCAUGGUCCGAUAACUCCGCCGCCUCCCCGCCCCUCAAGAUCCGACCCGAACUCUCCCCCAUCGACGCAGAGUCAAUUACCGCACUCGAGUGGCUCGCAUUCGGAGACAACCGCGUCAUUGUCGCCGGUACCUCCUCUGGGUAUCUCCUGCUCUAUUCUCUGCGGGGAGAUUUGAUUCAUCGCCAGAUGAUUUAUCCUGGACGAGUUUUAAAGUUAAGAGUUCGUGGAACAAAGAAAGAUUUGAUUCAAGAUACCUCUUCAGAAGAGUUUUGUCUCAUUAUGCCAGGCGUAAUUGCUCGUUUUGAUGGUUCUGAUGUUCAGAAUAUGCUGCAGAAAUGGUUUGAAAAAGCACAGUCUCGAUUUUGGGAUCAAAAACCAAGGAGCCAAGAUUCAGAGGAUUUUGGAAAUACUGAUGUCAAAAUUCCUUAUCAGUUGUGGAAUAUUGGUAAGAAUGGAACCUGUUCUGAUGCAGCAAUUACUGGCAUAAUGCCACCUCCACUAAUGGAACAACAGUCAAGUCAACGUUAUUAUUGUGCAGUCGCUGUUGGAGAGGAUGCUGUGAUUUCAGCAUACAGACUCUCUGAGAGCAAAGGGAGGUCUUUAGUGGGAGCUAUCCUUUCGAAAGUUGUACCAGCAACAUUCUCCACAUUAAGUUCUUUCUCAAAGUUGAUAUGGCGGAGUGAACAGUCCCCUCCAAAGAAGUCUCCGAAGAAAUCGGAUCAGAAGCCACAACCUUUUGCACGAGGUAGGAGUAACACACAUUUUAGCGCUUGUCUUAUGUGAUUAUAACACAGGCUCCUGCAGAUUAUUAUGUGUAUAAUAGAGAUGAUGGUCAAUCCUAGUAAAAGGAAAAUAAAAUUAUGUAUUAUCAUGCUAAAUAGGGUUGUUUUAGACAGUAGAAAAGUGGUGCUAUGAUAUUUUAACUAUAACUUGAAGAAAAGGACUUCCACUAGGAAAUUUAGACUUGAAUGUGACACUACUUGUGGCUUCCUCUGCUGAGAACCUCAUGAGUGGAAAGGAUACAUUUUAUUAUCUUAACAUGGAAAGGAAUGCUUCUUGUAUAGGUUCAAAUUUCAUUGCCUUCAUAUUGCAUACCGCUUAUCAGCUUAUUAUAUUUCAUUUUUAUGUUAUGUUCAAUUAUUGUCUGUUUAUGGGAGCGGGUUGUAGGCUGGGAAGUGUGUUCUGCAAUUAGAAACUUAAAUGUAUGUUGAAGGAAAACUCUGUAGAA